AUUACAUCUCCAUCUUCCAUCAACUCAGGCUGAGCGAGUACUCACUCAACAAAUAGUUCUUUGGGUGAUAAUGAGUGCUGCUUCUGUGGUAGUUCCUGUCACCAAAAGAUUGGAAGGGAAGGUUGCAAUCAUAACUGGAGGGGCGAGUGGAAUAGGUAAGUGCACAGCAAGAUUGUUUGUUCAUCAUGGGGCCAAGGUUGUAAUUGCUGAUGUCCAAGAUGAGCUUGGCCAAGCACUGUGCCAAGAGUUGGGUUCAGUCGACGAAGGCGGAAAUGCCUUGUUCAUCCACUGCGACAUUACCAGAGAGGCCGAUAUCGAAAAUGUUGUGGACAGUACCGUCUCCAAGUAUGGAAAGCUUGACAUCAUGUUCAACAAUGCGGGCAUUUCAGGAGCUCUUCUUCCAACCAUUUUGGGUACUGAUAAGAAAGAAGUCGAAAGAGUUCUCAGUGUCAACCUUGUGGGUUCCUUGUUAGGAGCCAAACAUGCUACAAGGGUGAUGAUUCCACAGAAGAAAGGAGGAAGCAUCAUCUUUAAUGCAAGUGCUGUUACAGCCAUUGGCUGUUCCUCAUCAUAUCCUUACACAGUCUCAAAGUAUGGAAUCGUUGGGUUGUGUAAGACCAUGUGUGAAGAGUUGGGACAGUAUGGGAUUAGGGUCAAUUGUAUUUCUCCAUACGCAGUUGCUACUCCUUUCUUUAGCAAUAUCUUAAGAGACAUGGAUAGGAAUGAACUUGAGAAGAUCGGUCAUGAAGGGGCUAAUUUGAAAGGGGUGAUCCUCAAGGAAGAGGACGUAGCAGAAGCUGCUCUUUAUCUGGCAAGUGAUGAGUCCAAGUACGUGAGUGGGCUUAAUCUGGUUAUUGAUGGUGGUUACAGCGUUGCCAAUCAUGCUUUUAACACUGCUUUAGCUCAAGCCAUGUCACAUCCCAGUUAGUCAUCUAUCUUGGUUGCCGGAGUUUGCUGU